ACACCGGAAACUUAGUUGUCGUUAGCGGAAGCCAGAUCGUUAGCUUCAGGAAAUCGGUUGGGGGAAAAAAGGCUUUCCUUUCUGCUGUCGAACCUCCACAGCACCGAGUCAAACGCACAUUGGAGCAGCAACAGACUGUUACCAAUGGACCCUCGGACUACGAUAUUGCAUCUGCGGUGUGUCCGUGGAUAGUGCGCCCGGGUUCCUAGGUGCCGGGCCGGAACCAGAACUAGGCCCGGACGGACGGACAUAACCCGUGCUGCGUUUUGCGACACCGGCGGACUGGUGUGUGUGCGUGUUUGUGCAGGAACUGGCAUGUUGUUUCUAAGGAACGUUUAGAGUGUUUUGUCGGGACUUGCUGCCUGUAGCGAGACAGCGAGUCUUUGAGUGAGUCCCCGGCACUUGUGGUUUUAUCAGAUUUGGAUGUAACGUCUCGGGGCUUGAGCAUGGGACAGCGCGAGACGGAAUUUAGCAAAACGCGAGCUAGCGUCAAGGCGAGCUAACGCCAGAGUUAACGUCCAGGAACAUCAACUUUUACUCGUUAACGAGCGAGGCAACGAACGAAAAAGCAACGAGUAUAAGCGAUACUCCUGGGUUUCUGUGAAUGAAGAGGACCUAUUUUAUAUCGCUAAACAUUCGCCAGUUGGCUUUUUGAAGGGCCUGGUAGAUGUUUCUGGGGCGAGUAUAGCAGCGUAGCUAAGUCGUUAGCUGCUAAGUUAGCUUGCCGCACCAAUGAAAGAAUACAAAGUGGUCGUGCUGGGCAGCGGCGGUGUGGGCAAAUCCGCGCUGACCGUCCAGUUUGUCACCGGCACCUUCAUCGAGAAAUACGACCCGACCAUCGAGGACUUUUACCGAAAGGAGAUCGAGGUGGACUCCUCGCCCUCCGUGUUGGAAAUCCUCGACACGGCGGGGACGGAGCAGUUCGCCUCCAUGAGAGAUCUGUACAUAAAGAACGGACAGGGGUUCAUCUUGGUCUACAGCCUGGUCAACCAGCAGUCAUUCCAGGACAUCAGACCAAUGCGAGACCAAAUAGUUCGAGUGAAGCGGUUCGAGAAGGUGCCGUUGAUCCUGGUUGGGAACAAAGUCGACCUGGAAUCUGAGCGCGAGGUGGCCGGGUCAGAUGGACGAGCUCUGGCUCAGGAGUGGGGCUGCCCUUUCAUCGAAACUUCAGCAAAGAGCAAGACGAUGGUGGACGAGCUGUUUGCUGAGAUCGUCCGACAGAUGAAUUAUUCCACACUGCCAGAGAAGCAGGAACAGUGCUGCACAGCCUGUGUGGUACAGUGAGAAAGAGAUUCAUGAUUUGUCUGGAUCACCGCAAGGAUUUUGAUGAAACGUGGGACAAACUAAUCAAAACUUACCGCAGCAGGUAGAGUUCCUGUUCAGUCUGGUUUCUGACCCAGCAUCUGACAGGAAAGACGUCUGACCUAUUUUUGAUAUCAUAACUGUUAGAAGACGUUUCUGCUGCAACCUCAACGGCCUUUUCGAUGCUCCAGGAUUGAGUCAGACUGACGGACUUAUAAUGAGCGAGAACGGCCAUUGGUGAAUUUCAGUCUUUUGUUUUGUCUCAUUUUAGCCGGAUUGUAUACCGGAAAUAAUAAGCAGGAGUGUUUGAGGUCCCAGCUUCUUUUUAAAGCUGCUUUAAUCACUAUUAUAUACUUUUACUUGUAUUGUGUCUCAAGUUUGGAAUCAGACAGUAUUUCAUCAUAAUGAAACUUUUUAAUUUUAAGCAUGCACACUUUGACCAGUUUGCUGCUGGUUUUAUUUUGAGGAGGUGUCUAUUGAAAUUACUCAACCUGACACAAACAACAACAACCGCAGCAGCAGCAUAUGCAAUGAGUUUUUUUAGCUUUAGAAAAAUUAGAUGGGAUCUAGGUGUGGAUUAAACCUAUAAAAUCAAGAAUUUUCCCUUUUUAAAUUAUCAGUAACCUGAAGCAGCUAAACUCGUCUGAAAACGUGCAUGCUCAAAAUUGAAAUGUUUGACCAAGUCAACUUGAAGUGAUAAGAAAGAGCCAUAUUUUUGUUUUUAGCCUGAAUUCAUUCAAAGUCUCUAUACGGCAUGAAUCACGUGGACGCAGGUCUUCCAUUUUUCCCGAGGAGUUUGUGGGAGAUGAUUUUGGAACGCCCAAAGGAAGCUCACAGUGCAGAUUUGUGUUUUACUACAUGACGUUUUUGGCUUUAAAUUCUGGAGACGCCGAUUUCUUGUCAUCAAUGAACUCGCAGCAAUGUGGAUUGGUAAAGGUUCUGGCACAGUUAAUCAGAUUUAACUUUGUAAUUUUAUUUUUCUUAUAGUAACAUAUUUAUUAAAAACUAACGACAUGGGUAGCCAGUUUUAAACUUUUAAACUACUAGUUUUUGCUUUUUGUGUCUUUUCAGGAUAUCUGGUACAUUGUUUUGUUUCUGAAGCUGAGCAUUUAACAGAGCCUUAAAUAUUUUCUGUUGCACCCAGGUCUCCUGUUUUGUUUUUCUUUUUUUCUUCUCAAAGAUAUAAACAUCUGUCGUCAUUUGGUAAUAAACCUGCUGGUCUUUC